AUGAAUGUCAUUAGAUUUUAUAGUAAGAAGGUUAAGGGGAAAAAAUCUUACUUAUUGGCACCUCCCAAGAGUAGUAAACUACAAAAACCCAAAUUAUUAGAAUCAAAUAAAAAUGCUACGAAAACCAUAACGAAAAAUGAUCAAAGCAACGAUACUGAUAAAUCAACAAACUUUAUACCUUUUGACAAGUUCCCUAAAAUCCCCAGUGAAUUUGAAAAGUUCUCCACUAAUGAAUUAUAUGAAAAGAUUUAUAUGAAACCUAUAAACAAUAAUUUAAUCAAUUUCGAGAUACCUCAAGAAUAUAGCAAGAUAUUCAUUAAAUCUCAAUUGACACCCAAAGAUAAAGCAUUGAUUGAACAAUUAGAUUCGUUCAUGACAUCUAAUGAUGAGAAUGAGAGAGCUCAAAAUCAAAUCAAUAUGAUGAAAUUAUAUUACGAUAAGGAUUCUUUCAAUUAUAAAUCAGUACCUGAACAUUCAUUAAAGAAAUCAUUAAGUGGAAUGAUCAAUUUAAAUCCUCAUUUAGAUGAUAUUGAUGAUGAAUAUCUUUGGGAAUUAAUACCUCAAGACAAAUUAUUUGGCAAGCCAUUUUUUGAAAAGAAAGAUAACUCCGAAAAGGAUUUCAAAAAUUGGGAAAUAUCGAUGAUUAAUAAGAAUGAAAAGUUAAUAAAUGAGAUCAAAUCUGAUAAUGAUGAAAUUAACAAUUUUAUUGCAAAAUUCAAUGAAAAUAACAAAAGUUUUUACAAGAAAGUUAACGGUAGAUUCAAAUUAAACCGUGAAUUAUAUAGAGAUUACAAAACUUUAAAACAAAAGGGGAAAUUGAUAAUUUUAAGAGGUGAAAAAUCAAUUGAUUUUGACAUUGAAUUUGAAAAUCAAAAUCUUGAUUUGAAAUUAAAGAAGUAG